AUGGUCUACACCAUGAAAAUCUACACCGACGGCGGAUGCCGCAACAACGGCUACACGAACGCCAAAGGCGCCGCCGCCGCAGUCUUCAAAACAAGACACAGGACACUUUCCUACACCCGCAAACUCCCCAGCACCGAGUCUCCGUCUCCUACAAGCCAGCGCGCCGAGAUAACGGCGAUAAUCAUCGCGCUUGAAGAGGCACUGCGGCGCUACAGAAACCUCGCCUCGGACCCCUAUCUUAGCGUCACUAUCUACUCGGACUCGAGGUACGCGGUCAACUGCAUGAGCGAGUGGAUUUACAAGUGGUCCAACAACGGCUGGAAGAACUCGAUGGGGAACCCGGUCGCGAAUCAGGAUUUGCUCAGACGCGCGUCGAGCCUUGAUGACGAUUUGCGCGAUGAGGGGGAUGUCGAGUAUAUCUGGAUUCCGAGGUCCGAGAACUUUAGGGCGGAUGAGUUGUGUCAGGAGAUACUGGAUGAGUCUGACUCUGAUUCGGAUUCGGAUUACUGA